GGUAGCUGUUUGGCAACAACAAACAUGGCGCGUGAAACACCCGCGUGUUGUCAAACCUUUACAUUUAAUCUGCUUCCUAACAAAAAAUUCAAAUUCCUGGAAGAUCCGUGUAUAUCGGAGCUGUUGAUGAAAUGGUCAAUGUUGGGGAGAAUUUCUGUCCAGGCCUUUAACUUUGAACAAAACUUUCAGUCUUACAUGAAGGAUCACUUUGCUCUGAAUUUCUUUCAGGACACUUGUGUAAAAAACAACUUGCAUGUGUUGGACACAUCAGGUGUAUGGAAACCUCUGGACAAAGAAGUUAUACGUGUGGAGGUGGAUCUUGUUCCAUGCACCAAAGUGUCUGUGGACAUAUUUGAUCCAAUUUUCUCCAGUGGAAUUGUGCAUCCUUCUGGUCACACUGCCAAAUGUUUCCAUGCAGUACAUCAUGAUUUUGAUGAGUUGCGAAUGAUGCUGCUUGAAGAGGACUCUGAUAACUAUCAUGUGGUCAGUCUGUGUGACCGGCAGGAGUUCCUGUUCAGGCUGUUUAAGCACAUCGCACUGGGUGGCGAACUCUGCCAGUUCGAAGACUUAAUCAGUCCCUACAUUGAAACUGCAAAAAUGAUUUAUAAAGAAUUGUUGAGUGUUCAGACAGAUUCAGAGUCAAAGAAGAUCAGCGUCGUAUCAACGGUUUUAAAAGUCUCUGCUUACGACGAUUAUGGCUUGUGUUAUCCCUCCAGAAGAGACAAUGAGCAGACAUUUGCCUAUCUGUGCAUAGAUCCAUUCAAAAGACAUGUAUAUGUCUUGUACCACUGUUUUGGCAUUGGCCAAUUUUCUAAUAAAGAUUUUAAGUGCUCUUGAACAA